AUGGUCGGCGGUUCGGCACCUAAGACCACAUGCCUCGGCUGGGGAGGCAGAAACGGAAAGGCUGGACGUUCUUUACGGGGUCAUUGCUACAGCGCAUUACGGGCAUUCGAUGGCUCCUUCAGUUCUGUACGGUUACUUGAGGCGGGUGGCGGGAAGUGGGACAAACCCCAAUGCACGGUGUCCAUGGCGACCACCAAAAAUGGGGCUUCCGUUUCCGACGUCCGGCGCUUCAGCGGACUUCAGUGCUCUGCUGAAAGCCUUGAAAAUCCUCAAAGUGGUACGAGAUUCACUCCUGUUUCAAGCCAACGAAGGCCCUUAAUCGGGACCAUCCAAUUCGCUCUGCCGCGCGAUCACCAACGAUCUCCAAUUGUCUUCUCGACUGGCCGCCUUCACCGACGCAUCUCGCCGUGCGACCAAGGAUCAAGGUGA